UCUCUCCUGUCGUCAGGUAUCACGAGUGGAUGAAGUCUCCCGAGCUGCAGCAGCUGACGGCCUCGGAGCCGCUGACCCUGGAGCAGGAGCACGCCAUGCAGAGGAGCUGGAGGGAGGACGAUGACAGUGAGGAGGCGUCUGUCUUUCGUUUUUUCUUCAUUGUGCCAGAGUGCACAUUCAUCAUCCUGGACAAGCAGCUGUGGACGGACCCCGACGUAGAGGAGGAGCAAUGCAUGGUGGGAGACGUCAACAUCUUCCUGACUGACCCCACAGACCCGUCGCUGGCUGAGCUGGAGAUCAUGAUUGCAGAGGCCAGUUACAGAGGGAGGGGCAUCGGGAAGGAGGUGACGCGGAUGAUGAUGAGCUACGGAGUCGCCAAACUCGGGGUGAAAAAGUUUCAAGCGAAAAUCGGGCUCGACAACGAGGUCAGCGUCGGCAUGUUCAAGAAACUUCACUUCCAGGAGGUGUCGGUGUGUGAGGUGUUCAGAGAGGUGACCCUGGAGAUGACGGUGGACGAGUCCGUUCGGACGAGGCUGCUGGACGACACGGCCUUCGUGAAGGAGAGGGACUACGCACAGACCUGCAGGGACAGACAGGUGGUCUCACAGUGAAAAGUUUCACUUCCUGUUGUGAAAAGGACAGAAAGACAGACAUUUGGUCCAAUCACAUGCAGCAGAGUCCUCGAUUUAAUGAUUGACUGUAUAAUGUAUUUAUCUGUAAAACUAGAAUUCCUCAAACCCUGUGGGCUGGGACUUCUGCUGCAUCGUUUACUUCAGGAUAUAUUCUUCUUCUCCUCCUCUACCUGGAGUUACUAGUUGCACUGUGCCUGAACUUUACUGUCGAAAUCCAGCAGAGAAUUAGAAGCUGAUCAAAAUGUUCAUGUCUUCGGUCAUGUCUUUAUUUUGCCUCUCAGGCGACAUUCAUACGAAAAAAAAAAAGACAAACUUCCAAAUAUUCAUUGCUGUGCAAAAGCCAUUUAAUGACGUCGAAGCUGUACAAAGGCAGCAAAGAUGUUUUCAUUUCAAACGAUUAGCAGCUGAAACUAAAAGAAAAGGGAAGUAAACCUGUCCGCUGUCGAUAAUUUAUUCAGUUCAGAUGAUAAAUAAAAAUCCAUCAAGAUAAUCCUCAACUCAGCAGAUGAUGUGACGUUAACCUCUGUAGCAGCUGCACUCUUAAAGGACCAUACUGUGUUUGUACAAGUGAUAUCACUGUAAGAACUAAACAGGUGUAGUUUAUUCUGCAGCUGAGAUUUGACUGAUGAGUUAAUGCUGAUGCAUUAAUGUGUUUUUCCAAACUUCUACGCUUCAUUGUUGGACAUCGAGAAGCGUUCAGUUCGAUGGAUAAAAUAAUUUUUUUUUUAGCUAAAGGCCCGGCACAUGCAAAAUGUAAAUAAAUUUGUUUGAGUGCA